UCACCUAUAUAUAACCGUGUGCGUUUCCAGCGAGUACGCCAUACAUCGUUAGCGACAACGUUCGAUCUGCAACAGCCCACAUAUAUUCUACCAUAAAUAACCAACAACCAAUUGCAAACAUGAAAACCUCAGUUGCUAUUAUCUUGGCUAUCAUCUCCAUGGCAGCUGCUUCACCUACUUUCUUUUCUCCUAAACACGAGCACCAUAUUAUCCACGUUCCGUACUACGUUCACAAGGUACCAGUUUACAUAAAAGAACCAGUAUACAUUCAGAAACCUGUGUACAUUUACAAGACAGUGGAACACCAUGAUUCCUAUCACCACGAUGACCAUUAUGGCCAUUAUGACCAUCACGACGACCAUUACAGCAGCCAUUAUUGAGAAGACUAUAAUACUAUAAGAGUUUUUUAAUAAAUAUAAAUAAUCAAGACCAAAGUAAUGUAGUAAUACAACUUUAUAAGUCAUAAAGCGUGAACUAUAAUUUCUUUUUUUACCAUGUAAAAUAGUUAACUGCUUAACAAGUAUUGUUAUGAUACAUAAAUAUUGUCAUUCAAUUUA